UCACACCGGCCGUGUCGCCAGUCGCUUUCAAUCUUGAUUUUUUUCGUCCGUACACGUUUUGUUUUUAUUAAUUAAAUAAUUAGAUCGAAUAAAUAAAAUGAAAACGAGCAAUACGAAGGCGAAUAACUAAAGAACGAGAUCAAAAUAACAGCAGUGCAGUCGAGGAAUUGUGUCUGCGUGCGUGUGCUUGUGUGUGGAGUGCAGUGUGAGUGUGCGUGUAUGCGUUUAUAAAUAAAACGCUGAGAAGCUGCGUGCGAAAAGCAGACGCGAAGAAAAAUAAAAAGAAUGAGCAACGGAAAAGAAAGUGUUUUUUAGCAAACGUUACGAAAAGGAAUAUUAAUUUUUGAAAGUGCAUUCUGUCCGCAACGAGAGCGUUCCCCACAGUUCAACCUGCCAAGGAGGAGACCGAAGUGAGAGAGAGUUGCAACCUUUUGCCAGCCAGCCAGGCAACAUCAUCCAAAAUUGUGUGCUUAAAUGGAUGCAACAUCAAUAAUCACACAAGUGUCCCGCGAUGAUGAGCAACUGAAUGUUUAUCCCAGCUACCCGAAUGAUAAAGACGAUGUGGAACGCUUAAAGCCACAAAAGCGUGGAUUUAUUCAGUCUCUGCUCUGCUGCUGGCGACGAAAUCGAACAAAAACAAAUCAGAAUGGCACACAAAUCGAUGGCUCGACAACACCGCCACCUUUACAGGACCAACAAAGGUACCUACUACCUCAGGUUAGGCUCACCGAUAUGCACAGAAAGUGCAUGGUUAUCGACUUGGAUGAGACCCUAGUGCAUAGUAGUUUUAAGCCCAUACCGAAUGCAGAUUUCAUAGUACCCGUGGAGAUCGAUGGAACCGUACAUCAGGUGUACGUUCUGAAGCGGCCGCAUGUGGAUGAGUUUCUGCAGAAGAUGGGCGAAUUGUACGAGUGCGUUUUGUUUACAGCAUCACUAGCCAAAUAUGCAGAUCCCGUAGCAGAUCUGUUAGACAAAUGGAAUGUGUUUCGUGCAAGACUGUUUAGGGAAUCGUGCGUUUAUUACAGGGGUAAUUACAUAAAGGAUCUGAAUCGAUUGGGUCGUGAUCUGCAAAAGAUUGUCAUUGUUGACAACUCACCGGCCAGUUAUAUAUUUCAUCCAGACAAUGCAGUUCCUGUAAAAUCCUGGUUCGACGAUGUCACCGACUGUGAACUGCGUGAACUGAUACCGCUCUUCGAGAAGCUAAGCAAAGUUGAUUCCGUCUAUUCGGUGCUCUGCAAUUCAAAUCAGCCGCUGAACAAUCAUCAAACGAAUCAGCUGCAGCAGCAUCCACAGGAGCUGCAGCAGGCGCCCAAUCAGCUACAGCAGCAGCAGCAGCAACAGCAACAGACCAUCUCUGCCACGACAGUUAUUACACAGGCAACCACACUGUCUGCACCGACCAUGCUGCAACAACAGUCGCCCAGUCCGCCCAGCCCACAAAGCGAGCUGCUGCAAAAGACGUAACAUCAGUGGGAACUAAUGUUUAUAAAUAUAUGAUAAACGUUUAUACAUAUUAACACAAGACCAAGCCGGCAUAUAAGCAAGCAAACAAACACGCCCAUGCCCCCGCCACACCACACCGCACCACACACACACAAGUCACUUUUUCUCAGACCCUUUCUUCAGUCUCAUCUCUUAUCUACCAAUCCCGCUCGACAAACGUAGGCUUAAGGCUUCAGUUUAUAAACAUAUACAUAUGUAUGUAUUCUACAUAUAUAUUUUAUAAUUUGUAUGAAAACCAACUCCCUUCCCCCCCACCAACUUACACAAUUGUUAUUUAUUCUUGUUUUAUUUUUAUUUUUUUUGCUCUUAUUAUUAUAUUUUUAUUGUGUUUGAAACGAUUGCUAAUCGCUGGAUAUGUUCUGCUUGCUUGCGUUUGCGUGCGCGGUACCCUAUCGCAGGGGUACACUACACUAAAGCCCAGGCAUAAGCCCCAUGUAUAACCUACUCCCAAAAUCCAACCAAUAAUCAUUGAACUUUUUAUAUACACUCUAUAUAUAUGUAAAUCUGUAAGCGUAUUUAAUGGACAACCAACUGAGCAAGCAAAAAGAUUUAAAUGCAUAAAAAUAAUAACAAAGAAAA